UCCUGAGAAUAAUAAUGUCAUUGCAAUUACUGCAGCAAAUGAUCCAAUUAACGAUCCAACGUUGACAACAACUCCUCAUCAAAUUACAUUCAUUAUAUAAUACACUGCACCGUUCUUCUCAUCUCUAAGAGAUUGCAGGCAUGGAUCUUAAAAUACCAAUAGAUGACCAAUUCUCCAAGUUGCAUCCUUCAUUACCAUUAAGCACCAGAAUUGGAAUAGUUGGUGCUGGUCCAAGUGGUUUAUCAGCUGCAUAUGCACUCUCUAGACUUGGUUAUAAUAAUGUCACAGUUUUGGAGAAACAUCACACAGUUGCUGGCAUGUGUGAAUCAGUAGAAAUUGAAGGGAAAAUUUAUGAUCUGGGUGGGCAAGUUCUUGCUGCAAAUAGUGCUCCAGUCAUCUUUCAUCUCGCGAAAGAGACAGGAUCGGAACUAGAAGAAAUGGACUCACACAAGCUUGCUCUCAUUGACCCUUACUCUGGAAAGUUCCAAGAUGUUAAUGUUGCUGAUGAUUAUGUAUCUGUUAUGACACUUACUUUGGAUAUUCAAGAAAAGGUGAAGAACUCUAAGCAUUUUGGGAUCCAUGCUGUUAGCCAAGUUGCUUCAGACUUAACUACAGAUUAUCUUGAGAGUCAUGGACUCAAAUCUGUUCCUAAAUCUGUGGCUUAUGGUUACACUGCCUCAGGAUUUGGAUUUGUCCAAGACUUGCCUUAUGCAUACAUUCAUGAAUUUACUAGAACAUCAAUGGCCGGAAAAAUUCGACGCUUCAAAGGUGGAUAUACAAGUCUAUGGAAGAAGAUUGCUGAAUCACUUCCUAUAAAACUUCAUUGUAACACUCAAGUGUUGGCGAUCAGACGUAGCUCUGAAAGUGUCAAAGUAACUGUCAAGAGAUUAAAUGAAAAUGAAAAAACCAUGGAGUUUGAUAAGAUCAUAAUCUCUGGUAAUUUUCCCUUAAGAUAUGGAAGAACUUAUAGAUCAGUGCCUUCAGCUUUCACAGAGUCUGAAGAAGAAGUCAUGGAUGCAACUGAACUUGAAAGGGACUUGUUCAGCAAAGUAGAGACAUUUGAUUACUACACCACAGUUUUUAAGAUUAAAGGAUUUGAACAUCUUCCAAUUGGGUUCUUUUACUUUAGUGAAUACAUGGAAGAUCCCAACACCAUUGGAAAUCCUGUUGCAAUGCAGAAGUUUUAUGAUGACAGUGACAUAUUCUUGUUCUGGUCUUAUGGCAACUCUUCUGAUAUUAAGGGACCAACUGUCAUCGAGCUUGCGAUUAAAGCGGUUGAAUCCAUGGGGGGGAAAAUUGACAAAUUCAUCCUUCAACGUCGCUUCAAGUAUUUUCCUCAUGUUAACAGCCAAGAUAUGAAAUCUGGUUUCUAUGAAAAGCUGGAGUCAGAACUUCAAGGUUCAAGGAAUACUUACUAUGUCGGCGGCCUUAUGGCUUUCGAGCUCACAGAGAGAAAUUCAUCCUAUGCCAUGGCUCUCAUGUGUAAGAACUUUGCAACUAGCAGUGAUUUGCCAAUGUUCCCUUACACUAAGAGUUUGUUUCCACUACAAACUGAGUUCCAGAAAAAGGAGCCUAGAGAACUUGGUGAAUUGCCUGGGGUGCAAUUUCCCAAUUUGCCCUCUUUGAACAGCUAUUUGAAGCACUGGGGAACUCAUCCAAUCACUCAAAACAGAACUCUUUAUUCUUGGAUAAAUGAAGAAGGAGAAGUUGUAUGCACAAGGAGCUAUGGAGAACAAAAUUCCAAUGCUUCUUGUAUUGCUCAGAAUCUCUUAUCAUGCCGAAAGCCAAUCAUCAAGCCCGGUGACAAGGUUCUCCUAGUCUAUGUCCCCGGUCUGGAUUUCGUCGAUGCCUUCUUCGGAUGCAUAAGGGCUAAAGUUAUACCAGUUCCUGUUCUUCCUCCAGACCCCAUGCAAAAAAGUGGACAAGCACUUGUGAAAAUUGACAAUAUUGCAAAGUCAUGUGGCAUAGUGGCAAUUCUAUCAACAAAAGGUUAUCACUCAGCCGUGCGGGCCGGAUUUGUUAAAGGUCUAAUCUCAUUAUCCGGAAAAGAUGGGAAGUCUUCAGCUAGAUGGCCAAAUCUUCCAUGGAUGCACACUGAUUCUUGGAUCGACAAGUCAAAAAGUCUGGCUUCUAAAUAUGUAGAUGAUCAAUGUGAGGCUCAACCUGGUGAUAUUUGUUUCUUGCAGUUUACGUCAGGUUCAACUGGGGAUGCUAAAGGAGUGAUGAUUACUCAUGGAGGCCUAGUUCACAAUGUGAAGUUGAUGAGAGGAAGGUACAAGAGCACCUCGAGGACCAUGCUAAUAAGCUGGCUUCCUCAGUACCAUGACAUGGGGCUCAUUGGAGGACUUUUUACAGCUCUUGUUAGUGGUGGAUCGGCCGUGUUGUUUUCGCCAAUCACAUUCAUCAAGAAGCCAUUGUUGUGGCUUGAAACUAUGAGUAAGUACCAAGCAACUCAUAGUGCUGCCCCUAACUUUGUGCUAGCUCCAGGAUAUGGCUUGGCCGAAAACUGCGUUUUCGUCAGCUGCGCAUUUGGACAAAGUAAUCCUAUUCUUGUUGAUUGGCAAGGAAGAAUCUGCUGUGGAUAUGUCCAGCCAGGAGAUGCUGAUGUUGACAUCAGAAUUGUUGAUCCUGAGAGUGGCGAAGAGCUUCAAGAAGAUGGAAAAGAAGGAGAGAUUUGGAUAAGUAGUCAAAGUUCAGGAAUUGGGUAUUGGGGAAAGGAUGAACUGAGCCAAAAAACUUUCAGGAAUGAGCUUCCAAACCAUCCUGGAAGAAACUUCACAAGAACUGGUGACUUGGGAAGGAUAAUAGAUAGGAAGCUAUUCAUCACAGGAAGAAUCAAGGAUCUGAUCAUUGCAGCUGGGAGAAAUAUAUACUCAUCAGAUGUUGAAAAGACAGUUGAGAAUUCAUCCGAAUAUCUUCGUCCCGGGUGUUGCGCUGUCAUUGGUGUCCCUGAGGAGAUUCUAUCAGCAAAAGGUAUUGCCUUGCCUGACGGGUCUGAUCAAGUUGGCCUCGUUGUGAUUGCAGAAGUAAAGGAUGGUAAAUCAGUUAGCAAGGAUGUGAUUGAGCAUAUUCAAACUCGUGUUAUAGAAGAACAUGGAGUUAGUGUUGCUUCUGUCAAGUUGAUCAAGCCAAGAACCAUCAGCAAAACAACAUCAGGAAAAAUCAAGAGGUUUGAGUGUCUCAAACAGUUUGCAGAUGAAACACUGAACUUGGUGCCACAACCUCUCUUGACAAAGAAAAAAUUGGUAAGGUCAUUUACUACUGGAACUUGCAAAGAUGGAAGAACACCAAGGUCCAAUGUAGCAAAGAACAAUCUUGGAACUAGCCAAAGAAUCAGCAACAAGGAAAUUGUGGAGUUCUUGAAAAAGCUUAUUUCUGAGCAGGCAGGAAUCCCAGAAAGUGACAUAUCAGUCACAGAUAACAUAACAUCUUUUGGUGUUGACUCAAUUGGUGUUGUCAAAGCAUCACAAAAACUCUCAGAUUUUUUGGGAGUUCCGGUUGCAGCUAUUGAUGUCUUCACUACUUCUUGCAUUCAAGAGUUGGCUAACUUCUCAGAAAAUCUUCUAUUCAAAAGAAGAUAUAGAGAUUGCUGA